AGGAAGUGCCGGUUGCCAUGGGGACCAAGGGAAACAGUCUGCAAAGUACCACAGAAAAGAGGAGAGCCAGGCCUGGGUCUUCUCGAGAGCAAGUCUUGGAGGAAGAAGAGGAAGAGGAGGAGGAGGAGGAAGGCCCCAAGAAGCUCUGAUCGAUUCAGCCAAGAUGCUCACAGACCAGUCGUCGAAACCGCCAUGUCCCUCCUCGUUGUUGGACGGUUGUCAAAGCAAAGUGGUGGCCCCUCGCAAUCCAAAGCUGGUCAGAGAAGAGAAGAAGAAGGAUGCCCCGUUGACUCCAUCUGCCUUCUUGAAAGAGAUGUCUCUCACCACGGAGCAGAGGCUGGCCUGCACUCGCGAGAUGCGCCGGCCCCGGAUUGUGCAGCUUUUGGACAUGAGCGAAACCUCACACCAGAAGUUCUCUUCGGUUGAUCUGGACCAGAGCCUCUUCCAGCCGUUCCCAUCGGAGGUCAUUUUCCAGAAUUUCAUCCCUUGUGAGCCCUAUCAAGUGCCACUGAUUCUGCGGAACAAUGACAAGAUUCCGCGGCUGGUGAAAAUCGUCCUGGAGAGCUCCCCCUACUUCAAAGUCAUCAGCCCCAAUGAUGUGUGUAACAAGGUUGCACCCGGCAUGCCAUCGACAUUCCACAUCCUCUUCACCCCCGAAGAGAACAAGGAUUAUUUCCACGAACUGACCUGCAUCACCGAACGAGAGAAAUUCAUCGUCCCGAUCCGUGCCCUCGGGGCCCGAGGCAUCCUGGACUUCCCAGACCAGAUCAACUUCUCCACCUGCCCAGUCAAGUACAACACGCAGAAGAUGCUGCUGGUGCGCAACAUCGGGAACCGAGAGGCCUUCUACCAGAUCACCACUCAAAGACCCUUUUCUGUUGAACCCUCCACCGGGACCCUUGGCAUCAAGGAGGCGGCCCAAUUCACCAUUGACUUCCAACCAGAAAAGAGUGGCAACCACUGCCAGGACCUGGUCGUGCAUUACGAUACAGGGGAAGAUAUCCAUGUGGCUUUAUACGGGGCUGCCGCAGAUGUCAACGUGCGACUUGACAAGAACUCUUUGACUGUUGAGAAAACCUACAUCACCCUGGCUAACCAGAGGUCGGUGGUGAUUCACAACAGGAGUGACAUCAUUGCCCAUUUUCAGUGGAAAGCUUUCGCCAACCCGGAAGAGGAAGAGCAGAAAAAGCAAAGGCUGUGCCAGACGCUGCAGGCGGAGGAGGAGUGCCUCCUGGACCAGCUCGCGAUGGACUGCCACUUGGACCCCUCCCUCCGCGAACACCUCGCCAUUGUCACCCGCACCUUCCAAAGCCGCCAGGCGACCGUUCAGGAGGACGCCUUGCUCUUCAACAACCACAUCUUCUCCAUUGAGCCAGUGGAGGGGGAUGUUUGGCCCAACUCCACGGCCGAAAUCAUUGUGAUCUUCAGGCCUCAAGAAGCCGGGAUUUAUCACCACACAGUGUACUGUGACAUCUCAGGCCGAGAGACUCGGCUGCCGCUGCGCAUCAAAGGCGAGGCCAUGGGUCCCAAGCUGCAGUUCAAUAUCGACCAGCUGGACAUUGGGAAGAUCUUUGUUGGAUCGUCCCACAGUUAUGAGGUGGUCCUCUCCAAUGAAGGCUCAAUUGAUGCCCUCUUCAAUCUCACCUUGCCGGCCACGGUCCUGGGCUCCUGCUUUGCCUUCCGACCGAGUGAAGGCAUCAUUGAGCCCGGGAGCCACCAGGCCAUCCACGCCAACUUCAGCUCCACCGUCCUGGGGCACUUCUGUGAAGAGUUCAAGUUCAACGUCAACGGCUGUCCCCAGCCUGUGAGUUUGGUGAUCCGAGGCUGCGUCAUUGGACCCACGUUUCACUUCGACGUCCCAUCCCUCAGUUUUGGAGAUGUCUCCUUUGGCUUCCCUAGUUCCCUGUCCUGCUGCCUCAGCAACACCUCCUUGGUGCCCUUGACCUUCAACCUCCGGGUCCCAGGAGAUGGCAAUGGAUUGCCCAGUGUCACCAGCCAAGACCAGGCCACUGACAUUUUCCGGCCGUCGUGGAGGAGGAAGGCAGGGUUGGGAGGGCUAAAGCCAAAGGAGUUUUCCAUCUCGCCCAGCUACGGGACCAUCCGCCCUCAAGGAGCCAUGGACAUCCAGGUGACCUUGUGCUCCAACACGGUGAAGAGCUACGAAACGGCACUGAUGGUGGACGUCAAGGGCAGCGGGGAAGACGUCCUGGCACUCCCAAUCACGGCAAAGUGCCUGACCCCUCCGCUGUGCUUGGCCGAUCCCAUUAUGAAUUUCGGGCACUGCUUCCUAAGGUUUCCAUACCAGCGCAUGAUCACCCUUGUCAACGACUCUGACCUCCUCGGGUGCUAUGGGGUUCUUCCCCAGGAGCCUGCGGAGUCCCCAGCCAUCUUGCACUCCAGCCCCGUGCCUUGUGGCAUCAUCCAGCCGUGCUCCACGGUGGAGAUCCCCUUGACUUUGGAGGUCCAGCAAAGAGGGCGGCAGGAGGUCACAGCCCUUGUUGCCAUCUUUGGGGACCAAGACCUUCCUCUGAAGCUCCAGCUGGUGACCUUUGGUGAAGGCCCCGUGGUGUACGUGUAUCCUGCUGAGCUGGAUUUCGGCAGCAUCCCAGUUUUGCAAGACGUUUCCCGGGUGCUCUUCCUCGCCAACCAGUCAGUCAUCCCGGCCCCGUUUGAGGCACAGAUGGCCCGACCCCAUUCACUGUGGCGGAUUGAGCCCAGCAGUGGGAUCGUCCCUCCGGAGGCGGAGGUCUCACUCUCGCUCAUUGCUCACCUGAACGACACGGUGCUCUUCCAGGACAAGGUCCAUCUGGCCAUUGAGGACAGCACGUCCAACAUUGUCCCCGUCCAGGCUGCCGGCAUCGGCACCACCAUCGUCACCGACAAGCCCUUUGCACCAGCCAUCGAUCUGGGGCCUCACUUCUGCCUGGAGCCCUGCUUCUACCGCUUCCAGAUCACGAACCGUGGGCGCCGCACCCACCAGCUCUACUGGAUGACCGAAGGCUUCCGACCCUUCCGCCUGCGCCCGGCCAGCCUGCCCGCCAUUGGCCCCAGCACCAAGGGCAAGGGUCCCUCCCGCCAAGACAAGGUGGACUCCCAGUUCCCCGUCUUCAAGCUCCGGCCGCUGAGGAUGGAGCUGACCCCGGGACAGAGCCUGGACAUGCAGCUGGAGGCCUCUUCCGACACCCCCAAGGUCAUCCAAGAAAAGUUGAUUUGCCACGCCAUCAUAGGGAAGCAGUCUGGGAAGGAGUUCAUCAUGACGGUUGACGUCUCCUGCCAGUUUAUUGCCCCCGUGCUCCAGAUCUCUUCCAAAGAGAUCACUUUCCGAGUGGAAAAGAACCCCAGGGAUAUCUUGGAGGCACAGUAUGAGCCUCUGGCCUUGAAGAACGUCUCUCCUUUGCCGCUCAGUCUGUUACUUUCUUUGCAAGAACCCUUCCGCCUUUGCGACACUGACCACGAAAAGCUGACAGCACCUCACCAGCCCUUGCUGAUGGAGGUUGAGGAGACGCGGCACCUCUGCAUCCGGUUCGACCCCCUCUACAAGGACGACCUGUACAACCGCGCAGCGGAGGAAGUCCUGACCAUCCGCUACCUGGAGCACCCCCACAUCGACCACAUCAACCUCCGAGGAGAGGUCUACUUCCCAAACCUCCAGUUCCAGACCAUGAACUUGGACUUUGGCUGCAUCUUGAAUGACACCGAAAUGAUCCGCGAUGUCACCAUGACCAACUGCAGCCCUCUUCAUGUCAAGUACCGGUGGUCCUUCCUAACCAAUGAGCCGGGCUGCAUCAUCCGGUUCAGCCCAAGGGGAGUGAAACCCCUCCCGGAAGAGGAGGUUGUCAAAGAGCCCGAGGCCCCACAGCCACUGUCCACACUCACGUUGAGCCAUACCGAGAGUGGAGAGUCCCUGGGGGAAGAAGCCGGGGAAGAAGCUGCCCCAACUACCAGUGGAGAAGUGGUUUCUCUUAAGGAGCCUGUGGAGGCCAUGGCAGCAGAACCUAGUGCCUCUGGAAUCCAGUGUUUGCCGGCAGCUGUGGAGGAAGCAGGGGAGGAGCUUUCAAAGAAGAGCCAGCCGGAGACCAAGGAGCCCUUUUGGUGCAUGGACGCCGUGGUGCAGCACCAGACCGGCGUGGAAGAAGUGUUCGACAUCAUGCCCCUCUUUGGCACCCUGCUGCCCAAGGAGACCCAGAAGAUGUCCUUCACCUUCUACGGCCACGCCGACAUCGUGGCCCGCGUGAAAGCCCUCUGUGAAGUGGAAGGGGGCCCCACCUACGAGGUCUUCCUGAGCGGAGAGGCCUCCCUGGUCAGCUACACCUUCGACCGAAAGGAGAUUGACUACGGACUCCAGCUCUUUAACCACAUUUGCGUGGCAGAGAUCAUUCUGAGGAACACGGGAAAAGUUGGGUUUACGUACUCGGUCCUGGACAACGUCUGGGCAUCAGCUGAAAACCCUCCACCCGGAGUUCCCCUGACGCUGCCUAUGACGAGUUAUAUUGAGUCAGGAAAAGAGCAGGUGCUGAAGAUCUAUUACCUGCCGGGCAUCCCCGAGGUCUUCCAAAGGACGUUCCGGAUCCAAGUGGCCCACCUGGAACCUGACAGGAUCACCUUGAAAGGAGAAGGCAUCUUCCCCAGGAUCUGCCUGGAUCUGCCCAGGAACAUCCGAGGAAAUGAACGGUACAGCACGCUCCUCAGAGAAGCCCGGCAGCGGAUGGAGCUGGAAUCACAGAAGGAUUCCAUCAGCAACUCAGAGGAGUCCACGGAGGAGCCCAUGGAUGCCCAGCUGCAGAUGGAAGUGGAGAGGCUGCUGAUCCAAGAGCAUGCCCUGGAGCAGCAGUGGCUGCUGGCCGGCAACAACCCUCCGGAAGACUCUGUGGGUAUCAGCCAAAAAGUGCGCCGGAAGCUGGUCAAGGCGCAGCUUCCGGAGUACAUCCUGGACUUUGGCUACAUCAUCCUGGGCACCGUCCGGAGCCACAUUGUCAAGAUCACCAACACCAGCCCCUUCCCUGUCUCUUUUUAUGCAGACACACGGAACCUGGAGGACUCAGGUUUCUGCACUGGGUUGGAUCGUGUGAAGAACCUUCCCUUCUGUGAAACGGAGACCUUUGAGGUGCUCUUUGACCCGCAGAGCGCCAACCGGCCCCUCGGAGAAGUGCAAGUUGUCCUGCCCAUCAAGGUGAUCUCCGGGCCCACCUUCAAUGUCUCCUUCCGGGCCACGGUGAUCAUGCCGUCUCUCUGCAUGUCCAACGAAAACCUGGAGUUCUCCGCAGUUCAGUGCGGCCAGUGCCAAGUGGAGACCAUCCAGCUUCACAACCAGCUGCAGGUGAACUGCGAAUGGUUUGCUCACAGCAGCGAGCAAAUGAAGAAGGUGGACAAGCACAUGCCGGCGGCCUUGCGGCGGAAGUUGCGCCACGAACUGAAGACCAAGCCUUUCGUCUUUGAGAUGAUCCCUCCCUAUGGGAUCCUGGUCCCCGGAGAGCGGUUCAAUGUCCAGGUCAAGUUUGCUCCGAGGGAAGAGAAGUCCUACCGCCACUACAUGAUCGUGAGCAUCGCCCAGAGCACCCAGCAGCUGAUACUGACCGUCUCUGGACAAGGUUUUGAGCCGCGCCUGGAGUUCAACCCCUCCAUCGUGGAACUGGGGCCCCUCCUGCCUUACGCCGCGGGUGAUGAGGCCGAGGUCGUGGUGAAGAACCCCUGCUCCUUCCCCAUCGAGUUCUACUCCUUGGAGUUCGACCAACAGUACCUGCUAGAAGAACGGAUCCUCCGCAUGCUGAAGGGCUACGACUCCCACCACGUCCUGUUGCUGCCUCCCCGCAUCCCUGGGGAGAAGCUGCCUCCCGAAGUGCUGGAGUUCUAUGAGGAGCAGAAGAAGAUCCAAGGAGACCAGGAGGCUGCCAAUGUGGAAACGGUAGAGGAAGACGUUGCCCCCCUUUCUGAGCACGGCAUGAAGCCUCAGCCCUCCAGCAUCGCGCAGACUGGCUCGACGGUUGGCUCGAUCAUUCCUUCAUUUUCGAUCCAUGAGGACAACCGGAGCUUCAGGUUCGAAUCUAAGCUGGACCAGGAGGAGGAAGAAGAAGAGGAGGGGACGGAUAAAGGCCAAGCGCAAGCAACAGGGAGCCAGCUCAGCCUGGUGGCCAAGCAAAAGAAGGCCGUGGGAGAGCUGGACGACAACCCUGUUUCCAAAGCCAUUGCGCGCCACUUGGGCAUCGACAUCUCUCCGGAGGGGCGGGCGGCCAGGAACCGCAGGGGCAUUGCCAUCAUCAUCCACGGAGCCCCCUUGACAGGGAAGACAGGGGCGGCUGUGACCAUUGCCAAGCACUACAACGCCGCUUGCUUGUCCAUUGACUCCGUGGUGAUGGAAGCCAUCUCUGACCGGAGCAGUUCCACAGGGCUUCGGGCACGGGAGCUCUGCCUCCGAGCCGCCAUUGAGCAGGCCCAACGGGAAAACGAGGAAGGAGGAGGAGGAGAAGGGCAGCCUGGUCUGAGUUUGGGCAGUAGGCUGAGUGGCGAGGCUUUGCCCAAGCACCUCUCCGACGGCAGCCAGCAGAGUUCGGAGUCCAAAACGGGGCCCCUCUCCAACCUCUCCAGAGGCUACCGGGGCAGCACCGUGACAGCGAAAGGGAAGUCGGACAGCCACGGGUCACAAAAGCAGGAGAAGCCACCACCGCAGCAUCUGCAGUCGGAUCAAUAUAGCCCCCAGGUCCCAUCUAGCACCAUCCCCGGUGGACCCAUGCAGCGGCGCCUCAGCCUCAGCACCAGUGCGACGGAAGGCUAUGGGCUCAUGAGCUGUGUGCUUCCGGAGGAGCUCUUGGUCGAGAUCCUUUCUGAGAGGAUGCAGCUCAGCGACUGCUAUCGCGGGAUAGUGAUUGACGGGCUGGAGACCAUCUUUGCCCGCAGCAUGACGUCCGCCCUCCUCUGCCUCCUCAAAGCCAUCAACAACCGGCGCUACAUCUAUUUUGUGAACCUGGCCCAGGACUUUGCUGCGAUGAAAGCCAAAGAGAAAAGCAAACAAGAGCAAGAAGAACGAGAGCAGCAAGAAGCCAUGGCGCGCGAGAAGGCACGUCUCCAGGAGAUGGACGAGGAGGAGUACGAUGUCUUGACUGAGGAACAGAAGAUCCAUUUCGACAGCGAACUCUUGCAAGCUGUGCGGGAGCGGAAGAAAAGGGAGCAGGAGAGAAUGGCGCGGGAGCUGGAGGAGAAGAAACACCAGCAGGAGCUGGAGCGCCUGCGAGAGGAGGAAGAGAUGCGGAAGAAGUCGAAGCGGUACAAGAGGGAAGUCGCCAAGGAGAAAGAAGAGGCCGCCGCCGCCGCCACCAAGAAGGGCCAACAAGGAGGCAAGCCGAAUGCCCCGGUCCCCUCUUUGAAAUCGGAUGGUAAGCUGAAUGAAGGAGUCGAGCGCAAAUCCUCUGCCAAGGACCGUGCCGAGGCAGGCCUCAACGACAAGGACGAGAAGAAGAAGAAGGGCAAGCCGGUCCUGCCAGACGGGCAGCAGGCAGCACCUCUGACACAGGAGGAAGAGGAGGCCGAGAAGGAACUGAUGAGCGAGAGCGAGAAGGUCCUGGCGCAGCGCUUCAAGCUGUACGAGGAGGCGCAGAAGGAUCUCCUACAGAUCCUGAUGUUCUGGGACAGGGUGCAGCUGGUGCAGCUCCAGCCGCCUGGCUCCGAGGAGAAGGCGGAGGAGGUGGAGGACCAGCGCCAGGCCCCCUCGGGCCGCAAAGGCCGCAAGGACCGAGAGCGGGAGCGGCAGGAGCGGCUGGAGAAGGAGCGGGCCGAGAAGGAACGGCAGGAGCGGGAGCGGCUGGAGCGGGAGCGGCUGGAGAAGCUCAAGGCCAUGGAAGACCGGGCCUUCGGGCAGGAGGGCGAGGGCGAGGGCAUUGAAAUCGGCGUGCCCUACCUGGAGAUCCAGGUGCUCAGCUCCGAGGAGGCCAGCGGCAAGAGUAUCCUGGAGAGCGGCAAGCUGCCAAAUGUGGUCCAGGUUUUGAACGGCUUGGGCUUGGGUCCCUCGGGGCCCCCCAUUCCCCCCACGGUCUUCUUCUCUGUGAUCCCUUUCCCAGAGAAGCGUGCACCGCCGGUGACGGGAGAGGCUCUCAAGCACUUCACCUUCCUGACCUCUGAAGAACUGAAUGUGGAAGAGGACAAGAAGGACACCGAGGCCAGCUCCGAGGCAACGUCCAGCCUCCCGGCCACCAAGGAGGAGCAGGUCACCCCGACCCGUGGUAGGGCCAAGAAGGAGAAACCUGAGCCGCCACCACCACGCGAAAACCCCAAGGAUAAGAAAGGGGCGGCGAGAGGGCGGAAGGCCGCUCAGCCCAGUCCCAGCACCGCCCCCGCCGUCUCUGAGCUGGACCCGGGCACCGUGACCACUGAGCCCUCCGGUGAGAAGAUCGUCAGGGGCUCCUCACCAUGCAGGCUGAACCAUUACCGCUGGAUCGUCCCUGCAAACGGAGAGGUGACCAUGCGCCUCCAUUUCUCCUCCAACACAACGGGGCUCUUCGAUCAGGUCCUCAAUUUCGAAAUCGUGGGAACCCGGCGGCAGUAUCAGCUGUACUGCCGUGGAACCUGCACAUAUCCCACUAUCUCCACGGACCCCACGGUCGUUUUCCCCCACCGCAAGAAGACUAUGAAGCCCGACGAAAUGGUCUGCAAAAAGUUAGUCAUGAGCACGAAUGUGUUUCACUUUGGCCCCUUGCUCUGUGGGAAGUCAAGAGAGAAGUACAAGGCUUCUCGAUACCCGAACCACUUUGAGAGGAUCACCAUCCUCAAUAUCUCCCCUUUGGAGGCUGAGGUGCAUUUCUUCUUCCAGUACGACUCCAGGGCCAUCACCUACCUGCUGGAUCCCGCCUCCAUCACCCUCAAGCCCAAUGAGAAGCAGCUGCUGACGGUCUGGGCCUAUCCCACGGCCAGCGGGAUUUUCGAGGACAACAUUGUUUGCUGCAUCAAGGACAACCCGGAGCCCAUCACCUUCCGGAUCUGCUGCCAAGGAGUCCGCCCAGAACUGGAGCUGGACCGCCGACAGCUGCAUUUCGAAAAGGUGCUCCUACACAGAAAGGAGACCAAGCCCCUCUACCUGAAGAACGCCACUCCUCUGCCUGUGGCCUGGCGCAUCAGUGGCAUGGAGAACAUCGGGGACGACUUCAGCCUCUCAGAGGACACCGGCAUCAUCGGCCCCUUCUCUGAGUACUGCCUGCUGGUGAACUUCAAGGCCUCCAAAGUCCUCAACAUCAAGAAGGCCAUCCGCCUGGAGGUUUCAGAUGGGGAGAACAUUCUGGGGAUUGUCCAGAUUGAGAACAUCCAAAUUGUUGCCGAGGCCUACGACGUGGCCCUGGAUAUCAGCUUCCCUAAAGGUACAAACGGCGGUGUGGAGCUUGGGAUUGUCAGAAUAUCGGACGAAGCAAAGCAGACUCUGUCCUUGAAGAACAAAGGCAAAUAUGAGAUCGGUUUCAGCUUCAUGGUGGAAGCCACCGACCACAGCAUGCCUAACCUGGCCCCAAUGUUUUCGAUCCAGCCCCAGAAGGGGAACCUGAACCCCACGGACCGCCCGACUCAGGUCCAGAUUGUGUUCCGUGCAAAGAGAGAAGUGAAGAUUGACGACAAGCCUGUCCUGCAGUGCCAGGUCAUCGAGCCGAAUUUCAUUGAAGGAGGGGAGACAAUUGCCACCAUCCCGAUCCGGCUCUCUGUGCACUGCGGCUACUCCAAAUACAGCAUCACCCCUCCAUCCCUCAUCAAUUUUGGGCCGCUGAUGAUCAGUUCCCGGAAGAGCAGCAGUUUCACCAUUGAGAACAAAGGCACCCUCGAUUUUAAGUUUUUCAUCUUGAAGCAAAUCCGAGACAUUGUCAUCCCAGUGAGGAAAGGAAACUCUAACAUCAAAAGCUCCCGUUCACGGGAGGUGGACCUCAGUCGGCAGAACAUGGGCCGGCAGAGCAAGCGAGCAGAGUCCCUGCAAAAGGAUAUGAACCUCGUGGCUCAGGCUCGCUUCUCGCUCGGCAUGUUCACGGUGUAUCCCGGUUUCGGAACUAUCUCUCCAGGAGGCCACCAAGUCAUCACGGUGGAUUGCUUUACUGACCAAGUCGGGAAAAGCGAGGAAUACUUGAUUGUGGAGGUCACCGAGAGGGACCCCGAGGACAACCCGGCGGGCAUCCUGUACACGCUGGUGGCCGAAUCGUGCAUCCCAGGCUUUGUGACCGAUGAUCCCAAGAUCAUUUUCGAGGAGCACCGGAUCUGCAACCGCAGCAGCCUGAGCCAGGUGCUGAAGAUGGUGGGCUGUGAAGGGGUGUUUGUGAAGGACGAGAACAAGUUCAUCUUCACCAACGUCCUGGUGGGCUCCCAGGCCAGCGCCCGCUUCAAGAUCUUCAACAACACCCGCAUCCCCUGCGACGUUGUUCUGGCCACAAAGCCCAUCUCUGCGAAGUCUCCGGUCCGGAUCGCUGACGUCUUUGAUAUCCAUCCUGUGCGGAUGUGCAUCCCCAGCCGCUCGUAUGCCUUCGCCACACUGAACUUCUCACCACAGACCAUGCAGAGCUACCACUGCAUUUUCGAGGCCUCUGUUGAUGCUCCUGCCAGCGUGUCUUCCAAAUCCAAGCACUUGCUCUUCGAGGUCUCGGGCGAUGGGAACCUGCCCCAGGUGACGGUGGUGCGCCCUGUGCUGCGCAACAAGAAAGGGGCCCCGCUGCUCCUCUUCCGGAGGCUGCUGCUGGGACACACAGAGAUGCUCCCCCUCCUCAUCAAGAACAGCGGCAACAUCCCCGUCCAGCUGUAUCUGGAUGUAUCGGAUGAGAAUUCUGCCUUCAGCCUGAAGCCUACCUCCACCACGCAAUGCACUUAUAUGAAUUAUAAGACUGAGGAGCAUGGGCCCAGUGAGGGAGCCAGGAAACCUCACACGGCCUCCCUGUUUCUCCCCAUUGAGGAAUCAGCCGAGUUUGAGGUGGUUUUCCACCCCAGCCUGACCCAGCGGCUGGAAGGGCAGAUCCGCCUCUCCAUUGUGGACAACCAGUAUGAGGAGACCAGGAUUCAGAUGGUGGGCGAGGGCUACCAGGAGGACGUCACGCUGGACAACAUCCGCAGCUUGAUGGACGGCGGCGAGUCCGGGAGCGCCGAGGAGCAUCUCGGGGAGAGCACUGCAGAGACUGCCAGGUUGGACCAUAUCUGGUUUGGGGACUGCAUCGUCGGGAAGCCCUACCAAGCAACAUUCACCAUCACCAACCACAGCAAGACUGAUGCAAUGAGAUUCGAGUGGCCUGCCUUGAACCCUCAUUUGACCUUCUCCCCGCAGGUGGGCCACCUCCACGCAAGCUGCUCCAAGAACACCAUCCUGACCUUUAAGGCCAAAGCUCCACUCUGCAUCAGGGAACAGCUGCUCAAGUGCAAGGUUUCCAGGAUCGCCUUCCCGCAGCCGGCAGACCAGGUGCCCGACUGGGAUGACCGCCAGCACACCGUCAAGUGGGUGGACGUCUCCAAAGCCAGUGGCAACCCUCGCCCGGCAAAGAAGAAGGUGAUUGAGAAAGAUCCGGAGCCGGCGUACCUCCCUCUGGAGGAAGGUGGCCGGGAGCUAGAGCUUCGGGUGAGUGCCAUCGUGGACUAUGCCCAGUACAAGUUGGAGGUGGACGCUGUGCACUUCAAGGACACGUUGCUCUUCCAGACAAGGGUCUUCAAAGUGGAGCUCUUCAACACAGGGAAUGUGCAGCUGGAAUACUCCUGGAACGUGGUGGUGGAUGAGAGUGCGAGGCUGGUCAACUUUGCCACGGAACCCGGGCAGACCAACACCGAAGAUGCAACGUCAACGACCUCGGCAACGUCCCUCAAGACCCAGGGCAGCCGUCCGUCCACCCAGCUGGGGAGCAUGCUGGAGAGCUUCUCCUCGUACCUCUUCCCAACGCCUACCCGGCCCCCGUUCCUCCUAGAGCCCAGGAACGGCACCAUCCCCCACGGGAGAUCACAGAUCCUGCAAGUGAAGUUCUCUCCCCAGGAAGUCGGGGAGUUUGAAGGCCGCCUGAUCUGCAGCAUUUUGAACCUGAAGGCAGAAGAGGUUGGCCCAGUCGUGACGGUGAAGGGGAAGGGCCUUCUUCCCUACUGCCAUUUUGACCUCGAAGACUCCGAUUACAUAACGGCAAAGAGGCGCAACCCAGAGCUGCGGGGACCAGGUGGAGCAGGCCUUGCCCCCGACACAAAAGUGAUUGAGUUCACCUCAGUGGGCGUCCACGUCCGGAACACCAAGAGCUUCGUGAUCAUGAACCCCACCAACACGCCCUACUCUUUCCAUUGGACCUGCCAGCAGCAGCAGCAGAAGGGGGGCCAGGACCCCCCGGUCUUCAUCUGCUUCACUGACAGGGGGCAGCUCCGGCCGGAGAAGACCAUGGAGAUCAUCUUUGAAUUCAUCCCGCGGCAUGUGGAUAUCACAGAAUCCUUCUGGUCCUUCUCGAUUCCUGAACUGGGCAUUGUGGUCCCGUUUCUCCUGGUGGGCCACACCACGGACCCCGAGGUGUAUCUGGACAGACCCCACCUGAACUUCCACUCGCUCUUAGUCGGACACGAAGCUCGGGAAAGCGUCGACAUCAUCAACAACGAGAAAGACACCUACAGCUUCUCUUUCAGAGACAGCUCCCGCUUUUCCGAGGGACGAAUCAACAGCCUGAAAGUGCAUCCCAUGGAAGGAUCCAUCCUACCGAGUUCCAGGGUUCCUGUUACCAUCUUCUUCACGCCAACCCUGGAAGGGGAGGUCAACUUCAACUUGUUAUGUGACGUCAAGAGUAAGAGCCAGCCCCUCUGCCUGAACGUCAAGGCCACUGGCCACGCCAUGAGCGUCUCCGUGAAGCGCCAGAGAAGUGACGGCUCCAUGAAGGAACUGGACCCGGACCAGACAAACCGACUCCCAUUUCAUGAGAUGCAAGUGAAUGACUUCACUCAGUACCAUUUCUACAUCCUGAACACGGGCAAGUUCAACUUCUCCUUCUCCUGGGAGUUCUGCCAUGCCAAAGCGGUGCAGCGCUAUUUCGCCAUUGCGCCGGAGACGGCUGUGGUGGAAGUCGGGGAGCGGGCGGAGGUGGUGCUCAGCUUCCAUCCGCUGAAGACGUGCUCCUUGAAGGACGCUGAGCUCAAGCUACAUAUCAGCCACGGUCCCACGUUCACGUGUGCCCUUCAAGGCGUGGUUGUGGCUCCCAGCCUCCACUUCUCCUUCACCAAAGUGGACUUCGGCAACUGCUUCAUCUACCAUGCCGGGAUGCCGAUCCUCAAGCGAACCCUCAUCAUAACAAACAAGGAUAAGAAAGUGGUCAGCCUGAACUGCUUGUUUACCAACACUGCUUACCUGGAGCUGAGCUUCCGCACUGAAGUGCUGAGUCCCGGAGGGAAGGUAGAGAUUCCCAUCAGUUUCUAUCCCCGAGAGGCCGUUUCCUACCAUGAAGUCAUCACCUUUGAAAUCAAUGGGCUCCUGCAGCGGACAGUCGAAGUCUCUGGGAAAGGCAUUGAGAUGAAGAUUGAAGUUGUGGAACCUCGUAGCAAGGUGAUGAAGUUCGGAGCCGUGCCUCUGGGACACACGGUGAAGAAGAUGGCCACGAUUGUGAACAACAGCGUGGCCUUUGUCACCUUCCAGCUCAACUUUGUGUCCUCUGUGCCAGAGCUGCAUGACGCGAAGGUUCUCACCAUGUCUCCUUCUGGAGAAAUAGCCCUGAAUCCCAAAGGGGACACCUGCCAUGUGGAGGUGACCUUCGCCCCCCGGAACCGCCUCCUGCCCUUCACGGAGGAGGUCAUCUUUGAGUGCCAGGGGGUCCUGCGCACCCUCUUCGCCAUCCAGGGCUGCAGCCAAGGCAUCCAAGUCAGUCUGGACCAGGACCACGUCCCCUUCGGAGCCGUGGUGCUGCGGAGCCAGGCCACACGGCGCAUCGUGAUGCAGAACACGGGAGACCUCGGAGUUGGGUUCAAGUGGGAGGCCAAGCGCUUCAAGCCCGACUUCUCCAUCCGUCCCUUGGAGGGCUACAUUUCUCCCGGGAUGGAUGUCGCCUUCGAAGUGACCUUCCAUCCUUGCGAGCUGAGCCCGGACAUCUGCUACGAGAACCUGCCAUGCCACAUCCAAGGCGGGGAGCCCCUGAGACUCACCCUGACCGGCUGCUGUGUGGGGGUGCCGGCCGUCAAGGAGGUGGUGAACUUCAUCUGCCAGGUGCGGGCAAAGCACACACAGACCAUCAUGCUCACCAACCGGACUAACCAGCCGUGGACCCUGCAGCCCAUCAUCGAGGGAGAGCAGUGGAAGGGGGCUGAGUUCAUUCGGGUGGAAGCCCACCAGCAGAACAAGCCCUAUGAGAUCACCUACAGGCCCCUGGCCAUGAACGCCGAGAACAAGAAGGAUCAGGGCUCCGUCUUCUUUCCACUCCCUGAUGGGACGGGGCUGCUCUACCUCUUGCAAGGCACAGCCGAACCGCCUAAAUCUGCUGGGAACAUCAUGAGAGAAGUCCCAUGCAAAACGACCUAUACAGAACUGCUCCCCGUCUCCAACUGGCUGAGCAAGCCACAAAGGUUCCGCGUAACCAUCGACAUGCUGAAACCGGAAAAGCUGGAGGUCACCACCACGCUGAAAACACUGGACUACUUGGAAGUGCCAGCCUCCGCCAAGAAGGACCACAAGCUCACCUUCUACUCUUACAGGGAAGGCAUAUUCAGUGCCAAGGUGACCUUCCGCAACGAGUCAACCCAGGAAUUCCUUUUCUACUUGCUGACCUUCAAGGCCACCCCCUGCGGCCCCCUUGGCACUAUCGAACUGACCAGUCCUGUCCGGCAAAUCGUCUCCUCCUCUGUGAAGGUGGAAAACCCACUCAGUUCUCCCGUGACCUUUAGCACCGACUGCAAAGUGCCUGACAUCAACAUGCCGUCCCAGUUCGUUGUUCCAGCUCAGUCCGAGGGAGUCCUUGCAUUUGAUUUCCAGCCCAUGAGAGUUGGAGAGAGCGGGGGCCGCCUGGCGCUCAACAGCACUGACCUGGGCUCCUUCCAAUAUGACCUGGUCCUGAAGGCCACUCCACCCAGGGCAGAGAAGACCCUGCACUUCAGUGCCAUGCUGGGCAGCAGUCAGAACAUAGUGGCCAAGUUUGUCAACUACACUCGACAGAAGACAGAGUAUUCUACUAAGAUCGACUGCCCAGAUUUCCACGUGGACAAAGUCGUCAACGCGCCUGCGGGGUCUCAGGGGGGCUCAGAGGUGGGCGUGGAGGUGACCUUUGAGCCCUGCCAGCUGGGGGAGUCGCAGGGGACGCUGGCCCUGUCCUCGCCCAUCGGAGGUGACUACGUGAUCCCCCUCUGCGGCACCUGCGUGCCCCCCAGGCCCCAGGGCCCCAUCCAGAUCAAGGCGGGCACCGCCACUACCAUCCCCUUCAAGAACGUCUUCCUGCAGUCCAUGUCCUUCACAUACCUUGUGGAACACCCCGCCUUUACCAUCAAAGCCACAGAGACCAUUCGUUCGAAGAAGUCGGCCUCCAUCGUGGUCUCCUUUGAGGGGACCCCUGGCAGCAACAAAGCCCCCGUCACCAGCAGACUGGUGGUCUCUUGCCCACGUGCCGCAGGGCUGGGUGCCAGGGUCUCCUGGGUUUAUUACCUCAAGGGUAUCGUGCCUGAGAAAUGAAGUGCAUGGACAGCUCUGGUGGUUGUCUCUCUUGUUUAGUGGAAGUGGAGCACAAACACAUGCCUUGUCUUCCUGCUUUGGAAGAGCAGAAACAAGCCCUGGCGGGACGAUCCACAGGACAAGCAGUGAGGAGGGCUGAUGAGUCCAGCAUGACACAAACUGGUCUGAACUGAGCCAAAUGCAGGGAGACCCUUCCUCUAGAAAGGCAGCAGCACAUUCCAUGGCAUCCUAUUUAUCUUCGGGUAUUUUCCCCCAGAGAAAAGUCAGUCUAUGAAGUAGAAACGGGCAGGAGGAUCUCUUGACAAAGCCCACUCUCAGGAAGUUUUGUUGCAGAAGCCUUUAUUUUGAAAUAAAGUUAUUGACCAAAA